CGUGACAACCACUUUCUAUGGGCACUUUUUCUAGGUCCCGGUCCUUAGUCCCCCGUGCGGGCGCGGGCGGAUCUCUCGGGCUCCGACUUCUUCUCGGGUCACCUUCAGGCUUCAGUCCAGGCACCCGACGCCUCGUUCCCCUCACACUGCUAGGGCCGGGUUAGGCCGGACCGGACUACAUUUUCCAGGAGGCUCCGCGGCCAGGCGUAAACAGCGCGGUGCUGACUACAUUUCCCAGACAGCCUUGCAGCGGCCCGGGUCCUGAAGCGUCCAUUUCCCAGCGGCCCUUCGUGGCGGGACCGUAGCCCUUCUCUGGAGUCUCAGCGCCCUAAGAGACUACCACUCCCAGGAGACUCUGCGUCGCGCAAGAAAGACUACGCCUCCCAGAGGCCUCUGCGGCGUGGCGACCGGAAGCGGCGGGCGAGUCGUGUCCUUGCGCGUGGAGCCGAGCGACUAUGGUGGCCCGGGUGUGGUCGCUGAUGAGGUUCCUCAUCAAGGGAAGUGUGGCUGGGGGCGCCGUCUACCUGGUGUAUGACCAGGAGCUGCUGGGGUCCAGCGACAAGAGCCAGGCAGCCCUAAAGAAGGCUGGGGAAGUGGUUCCCCCGGCCAUGUACCAGUUCAGCCACUACGUGUGUCAGCAGACAGGCCUGCAGAUACCCCAGCUCCCAGCUCCUCCAAAGAUUCACUUUCCCAUCCGUGACUCCUGGAAUGCAGGAAUCAUCACAGUGAUGUCAGCUCUGUCGGUAGCCCCCUCUAAGGCCUGCGAGUACUCCAAGGAGGGCUGGGAGUACGUGAAGGCGCGCACCAAGUAGUGAGCCAGCUGGCUGCCUGCCCCAGCCAGAAGGGACAGGGCUGCCACCAACCUGGAGACUCCAGCCUGGGACCCCACUCCAAGGGCAGCUGCCGGCCUUGCCGGCCCAAUAAAGGACUUUGGAAGUGU